AGUAUAAAUAUGCAAUUGACGUUGUCUAGCCAUCAGGUAAGUGUACAGUAAGUUAAACCACUACUUUCGUACUUCUACCAUGGCAGAGCUCAUCGUUCUCACUUGCGCCUCUGGCAAGCAAUGCAGCCAUCUCAUUCCUCUCCUCUAUGACGAGCCAAAAUACAAGCUCCGCCUCGUCGUGAACUCAGAUGCAUCUUCUGAGCGACUUCAAAAACAAUAUCCCAAGGCGGAGGUCGUUCAAGCAAACCUCGAUUUUCCACAAGACUGUGCCAGAAUCCUCGAGGGAGCCACAGUCAUAUACUACAUUGGCCCACCCCUUACGUGGAAGGAGACGUACUAUGGCAUCAAUAUCGUCGAUGCAGCGAUUACUGAGUCGCAGAAACAGGGUUCGAAAUUCGCCCACUUCGUCUUCAGCUCUGUACUGCAUCCGGAGUUGACCAAACUGCUCAACCACGAUCGUAAACGAUAUGUCGAGGAACAUCUGACUGAGUCUAUGUUGCCAUACACCAUUCUCCAGCCAAGUCACUUUACCGACAAUGCUAUUGGCCAACUUGUAGCGCAGAAGGACGCCGAGCGUCCUGUCUUCAGGGCUGCUCACAGCGUACAAACCCUGUUCUCGUUCACCAGUCUCCACGACUACGCAGAAGCUUCGGCCAAAGUCAUCCAAGAGCGGUCGAAGCAUUUCUAUGCCACGUACCAGCUAGUCAGCACCAUGCCGUUGAAAUAUACUGAGUAUAUCAAGUCGAUUGGCGAAGCGAUGGGGAAGGAGAUCGAGAUUCAGGAAAUGUCGUUCGACGAGGCUGUGGGCACUUUCUCUGAACGGAUGUUUGGAUCCCGAGACGGUGGCCCGCAGUUUCUGCGAGAUGCGAUUGAACGUCUUGUACUAUAUUACAAUCACAGAGGGUUGUAUAGCAAUCCGAACAUCUUGGAGUGGUUGAUUGGGAGGACUGGGUCAAGUCCUGCAGACGUGGCAAGACACUAUCUCAAGCAAUAGGAUGGUGAGACUGGUCGAGAUAUAUCACUGCUGGAAAAAAUGCGGACGACAUGGAGCACUAUGCCGGUGACGGUUAAUAAGUGUAGACUUGAAAGCGAUGUUGAGCAUGGUUGCGACCCUAGUUGCACUAGCUAGCACUAGAAUAUCCAUAUUCAACCAUGACAUACCUUUUAUCCUGUA